UAUCCUACCCUCGCCUUUGAAAGUAUUGAGUUACAAGAAAAUGGUGAUGAUUUUGAGGGCCACAUCCACAUAGUCGUUUUCUUCUCCGUUUCUUUUCAUUUUUAUGCAUUCAUUCAUAUUGCUAUCGGUUUCUCCCACCACGAUCCAACAAGAUCUCGCCACUACAUUCUUCAUCUCCUCGAUACCCAUUUCAACACCUUCGUUAUUAGGGUUUCCUUCAUUCAGAUGCUUCCUUCCACAUGCUAAACGGUUCAGGGUUCUGCAAUGGUUUUUGCCCCAAUUCGCUGAACCAUUGCGGGGUUGGUUGAUUCUUUUCGCUUUCCCUUUAUGCAAGUUUCAUUCUUUCUAUUUUUUCUCCGAAAACCCAAUUUGAUAUUUUGGGCUUUGUAUAGAAACUGUUGUAGUUCUGGAGUAUAUUGUGUGUAUUGUUUUUGCUGUUUUUUUGAAAGAUGAAGAGAUUGAAAAAUGAAUCUCCUAAUUCUAGGAAGUUUAGGUUGUCUCAUUUUUUGUUUGGUGUUGGGGUUUUGUACUUGAUUUUUCUAUCAUGUAAUUUUACAAAGUUUCUGAAAAUUGUAUCAACGUUGAGUGGGGAUGAUGAGACUGACAUUAGGUUAGAUGGGAUAGCUAUUGGGGUAUCUGAAGACGCGGAUUUGACCAAACCUUUUGUUAGUGCUGUUUAUAAAGAUGCGUUUCAUAGGAAGUUGGAGGAUAAUAGGGACCUUGGUGCUCCGUCGAGGCCAAAAGAGGAACCCAAGAAGGAGGAAGAUCAUGAGCGUGACCGUGGCGGUGAAUUUGUGAAGGAUAAUCCACAUGGAUAUGGUAGGAUUACUGGAGACGUCAUGAUGAGAAUGAACCAAACAAGUGAUUUGUCUGUGCUUGAGAAAAUGGCAGAUGAGGCGUGGACAUUGGGGUUGAAGGCAUGGAAAGAGAUAGAGAUGGUUGUGGUUGAUGACAAGGAGUUUGGAGAAAGCUCUAUUAUUGAAGAAGGAAAGAUUGAGUCUUGCCCUUCGUGGAUAUCGAUGACUGGGGAAGAGUUGUUGAAAGGGGAUGGGUUGAUGUUUCUUCCGUGUGGGCUUGCUGCAGGUUCUUCGAUCACUGUUGUUGGGACACCUCAUUAUGCUCAUAAAGAAUAUUCUGCUCAGCUUGCAAAGUUGAGGAAGGGUGAUGGAUUGGUUUCAGUUUCGCAGUUCAUGUUUGAAUUACAAGGGCUGAAGUCAGUGGAAGGAGAAGACCCUCCGAAAAUUCUGCACUUGAAUCCUCGGCUAAAAGGGGAUUGGAGCAAACGCCCGGUUAUUGAGCAUAAUACCUGUUAUCGGAUGCACUGGGGAACAGCUCAAAGAUGUGAUGGCCGGCCAUCUGAAGAUGAUGAUGGAAUGCUUGUUGAUGGGUUUAGACGGUGUGAAAAAUGGAUGCGUAGUGACAUUAUUGACUCAAAAGGAUCCAAGACAACAUCAUGGUUCAAGCGGUUUAUAGGGCGUGAGCAGAAACCAGAAGUGACCUGGCCUUUUCCUUUUACAGAGGGUAGAAUGUUUGUCCUUACAUUGCGUGCCGGUGUUGAUGGAUACCAUAUUAAUGUUGGCGGCCGGCAUAUGACUUCAUUUCCAUACCGGACAGGUUUUACACUUGAAGAUGCUACAGGAUUGUCAGUUAAAGGAGACCUUGAUGUUCAUUCAAUUUUUGCCACCUCUCUCCCUACUUCACACCCAAGUUUCUCACCUCAAAGAGUAUUGGAAAUGUCAGAUACCUGGAAAGCCAGCGCUCUACCUAAACACCCAAUUAGACUUUUUAUUGGAGUUCUCUCUGCUUCAAAUCACUUUGCAGAACGAAUGGCAGUUCGUAAAACAUGGAUGCAAGCAGCGGAAAUCAAGUCAUCAGAUGUAGUAGUACGGUUCUUUGUUGCAUUGAAUCCAAGGAAGGAAGUAAAUGCAGUGCUGAGGAAGGAGGCUGCUUACUUUGGUGAUAUUGUCAUUUUACCCUUUAUGGACCGCUAUGAGCUUGUUGUACUUAAAACCAUUGCUAUCUGUGAGUUUGGGACUAAGAAUGUGACUGCUGCAUAUAUUAUGAAAUGUGAUGAUGACACCUUUAUAAGAGUGGAUACUGUCCUGAAGGAAAUCGAAGCUGUACCUCCAGAAAAGUCCCUCUAUAUGGGUAAUCUCAAUCUCUUGCACCGGCCUUUGAGAAAUGGCAAAUGGGCAGUUACUUAUGAGGAGUGGCCUGAAUCAGUAUAUCCCCCUUAUGCCAACGGUCCCGCAUACGUAAUUUCCAAAGAUAUUGUUGAUUUCAUCCUAUCUCAGCAAAAGGAUAGGAAGCUGAGGCUCUUUAAAAUGGAGGAUGUAAGCAUGGGAAUGUGGGUUGAGCGAUUCAACCAUACGAUGAGCACUGUUCAGUACUCGCACAACUGGAAGUUUUGUCAGUACGGAUGCAUGGAGGGCUACUUCACUGCACAUUACCAAUCGCCAAGGCAGAUGGUUUGUCUAUGGGACAAAUUAUCGAGGGGUCGGGCGCGAUGCUGCAACUUCAGAUGAUAUCAAUAUGCAAACCCUACUCCAACUUUGAUUUACCAUUGUCUUAAUAUUGUUGUGCUUAUCUUAGUUCACAUAGGUUAGUAUUUUGAGAAAAUUAUAGUAACGACUAAAUGUAUCACACAUUCAACCUGAAUGAAAAUAGAAUUUAGCAAAGUUUACAUAUCAA